AUGAAGGUUUCCGCAGUCAUGACUACUCUGAUGGCCGCCUGCCUGGUCGCUGGCGCUCCUCCUGCUCCAGUGCCCACUGAUCUCUCUUCCAUCCCGCCGCCGCCACCUCCCAGCGGCACCGAGCUGCCCCCUCCUAAGGGAACAGGUGACGGCCAGAAGCGUGACCAACUUCCUACUGGCACUGAGCUGCCCCCACCACCACCUACCGGCACUGAACUGCCACCCCCAAGCUCGGAUGUCCCUCUUCCUCCCAAGCCCACCGAUGAUGGGAACGAGAAGCGUGAUGAGGAGCCCAAGGGAACUGAUACCCCCCCUCCUCCUCCAUCUGGAUCCGCUCCUCCCCCUCCCCCUCCAUCGGGCAGUGCUCCCCCUCCCAAGCCCACCGAUGAUGGGAACGAGAAGCGCGACAACGAGCCUAAGGGUACCGAUGUCCCUCCUCCUCCUUCCUCUGGAUCUGUUCCGCCUCCUCCCCCAACUGGUACUGCUCCCCCUCCUAAGCCCACCGAUGCUUAA